AUGUUGCUACGGAUAUGCUUUCUUUUAUUCUGUUUUGUGAUGUGUACACAAACAUACAGCGCAGCUGCAGACACAUCAUCAUCAUGUGAACCCACACAAUUUGCUUGCAAAAAUGGACGCUGUAUAAAUCUUGCAUGGAAAUGCGACGGCGACGAUGAUUGCCGUGACCAUUCUGAUGAAAUGGAAUGCUCAUCAACCACAUGCUCUGAGAAUUAUUUCCAGUGUAACGAUGGGAAAUGCAUCCCAGACAGAUGGGUUUGUGAUGGAGCUUCUGAAUGCUUGGAUGAUUCAGAUGAGAGUGUUGAGCUGUGUAAUAAUCAAAGCUGUGAUGGUUACAAGUGCAAUGACUCACGUCUGUGUAUAUCUGAUGAUUGGAAGUGUGAUGGUCAGAAUGACUGCCCAAAUGGAGAUGAUGAACUAGGUUGCAGCCAUUUGUGUGACCCUGCAGAGUUCAAGUGUAAUGAUUCUAAAUGUAUUUCUAUGAAAUGGCAUUGUGAUGGUCGUCCUGACUGUGAUGACGGUUCUGAUGAGAGAGACUGCCCGAACACUACAUGCAAUUUUGCUGCUGGAGAAAAGAUGUGCAAUGAUGGAGCAUGCAUCAGUGACAUCUGGUGGUGUGAUGGGUUCGCUGAUUGCAAGGACAAAUCUGAUGAAGCCAAUUGCACAAGUACGCAGCCUGCUAAAGCAUGUGGUCCUAAAGAGUUCCAAUGCCACCUUCCUGUGCUGGAUUUUAAAUGCAUUCAAAUCUCAUGGAAGUGUGAUGGAGAUGACGAUUGCAGUGAUGGAAGUGACGAAUUUAACUGCACUCAUCACUCCUGCAGUGCAGAUGAGAAAAUGUGUGACAACAAUCUCUGUAUUAAGGCUACCUACUUUUGUGAUGGAGAAAAUGACUGUGAUGAAGGCGAAGAUGAAAAGAACUGCACCCAUACAAGUGUUAUACCAUCAGACUGCAAAGCUGGUGAAUUUGACUGCGGCCAUACAUGUAUAUCAGAUCAGUUGAUCUGUAAUGGUGCUGACGACUGUGGCAAUGGAGCUGAUGAAGCACCAGACCGCCACUGCCCUAUAUCCACCAACAAUGCAUGUGGAAAGAAGAAUGGUGGAUGUCAUCAGCUCUGCAUCCCAGAUACAAGUGAGGUGUCUGGGCGAAGGUGCGAAUGUUCUGUGGGCUUUGAUUUCAAGGAAAACUCUGAUACUGAGUGUGAUGACAUUGAUGAAUGCAAAAUCCCUGGCACAUGUUCUCAGAUUUGCAAGAAUACCAAGGGAUCCUACAAGUGUGAAUGUUCUGAAGGGUAUACUUUAACCAGUCAUCGCUAUUGCAAAGCUGAUCAUGGAGGUCCUGCAGAAUUGAUACUAUCUGAUCGCUACGAUAUCCGACGCUAUCAUUUGGACACCUUUCACUACUCUGUUCUGCGUGAUAAGGCAGUGGCAGGUGCUGUUGCCAUGGAUUUUGAUAUCCGAAGUAAAGAUGUUUUCUGGGCAGAUGGUCAGGCUGGAACAAUUUCCUGGGUUAAUCUGGAGACCAACAAGUCAAAGGUUAUUAUUGAGGACGAUAUCAGUAUGCCAGAUGGCCUAGCUGUUGAUUGGGUUCACAAGAAUAUUUAUCUCUCGGACACUGGUCUUGACAAAAUUGAAGUGGCUCGUAUCGAUGGAACUUACCGUAAAACUCUGAUAAAUGAGAAUCUGGAUGAGCCUAAAGCUCUGGUCUUGGAUCCAAGCAGUGGAUGGAUGUACUGGACAGAUUGGGGCAGUCAACCUAAGAUUGAGAAAUGUGGAAUGAAUGGUCAGAACCGCAUGGCAAUAGUCACUACUGGCAUCACCUGGCCUAAUGGUCUCACUAUAGAUUAUGUGCAGAAGCGUCUGUACUGGGUUGAUGCCAAACUCCACAGUAUCGGAAGCUCUGACCUUGAUGGCAACAAUUUCAAGUUGAUUUUGAAAAACCAUAGAAACCUUGGACAUCCAUUUGCAAUCACCUUGUUUGAAGACUACCUUUACUGGACCGACUGGCUGUCGAAUGCUGUGCAUAGAUUCAGCAAGUUUGGCCGGGACAAUGUUUCAACUAUUGCUCUUGAUUUGAAGAUGCCAAUGGAUAUUCAUGUGUACCAUAUCAGCAGACAACCAGAUUUUGCCAGCAGCUGUGGAAGUAACAAUGGUGGCUGUUCUCAUUUGUGCCUCCCAGUACCACAGACACAGGAUACUUCUGCAGUAACCAAAAAAUCCGAAUGUGCCUGUCCUGAUAACAUGGUUUUGACUGACAAAUUUAACUGCACAAAAUCACCAGUAACUACAGCAACCACCACAAAUCUACAGCUGACCACAGAAAGCACACAUCAGGAUGGUUCACAGACUAAUAGACCUAGCAGUCUGAAUCCACAGACAGUGACUACAGCCAGAACAGAGAUGGAGACUACAGGCAGGCCAGAAGAGACAACAGCACAGUCUGUCUCAGAAGAAACACAGACAGACCAAGAGCUCUCUGUCACCAACAGCCAUCUCCAGCUUGAGCACAAGGAUGAAAAUGCUGGCUACAUUGCUGGCAUAGUUAUAGGCUUUCUGCUGACUGUGGGACUUGCUAUCUUUGUGGUGGCCUGCUUAUUACUGAGGAGACACAAGUCCAGAAAUGUGAAGUCUAUGAACUUUGACAACCCUGUGUAUCGUAAGACAACUACGGAAGAACAGCUGAUAAUGGAGAAAAAUGGAUCUAGAACAAAUCUCCCUCAG